GCGGCGAUUUAGACACACAAUUCAACGGCUAAUGUGAAGUUUAUGUGUGCAUAUCCAGCGACCUACCACGUUUUUUUGUAACGCAUUUAAAGCCAUGUCCGAAGCGGUGCGUGCGAUGUGCGAGGAGCUUACAAAAGCUGUUAAUGUGAUGAUGGAUGCAGAAUCCAGCCAAAGAUACCGCCUGGAGGCCCUUAAGUUUAUUGAAGAGUUCAAGGAGAAAUGUCCCUUCUGUGUUGAGUGUGGUCUCCAGUUAGCAGAGAGAUCGCAGACUGCUGUGGUCAGACACUUUGGCUUGCAGAUACUGGAACAUGUGGUCAAGUUUCAGUGGAAUGACAUGCCACUGCAGGAGAAAGUCCAGUUGAAAAACUGCACAAUGGAGCUGUUAUCACAUGGUAUGCAGCCGGUUCUAGAAGAGGAAUGUUAUGUUAAGGAUGCCCUGUCACGCAUAGUAGUUGAAAUGGUCAAAAGAGAGUGGCCGCAGCACUGGCCUGACAUGCUUAAGGAGAUGGAGGCGCUUACUGCUAUGGGGGAUGCUCAGACAGAACUUGUGAUGCUUAUUCUGUUACGGUUAGCUGAGGAUGUGAUCACGUUUCAAACAUUACCCAUUCAAAGACGGCGAGAUAUCCAGCACACCCUUACACAGAAUAUGGACAGCAUCUUCACCUUUCUGCUUGGCGUACUGCAGCUCCAUGUGAAUGAGUACAAGAAACUGAAAAGCAUUGUUGGUCAAGAAUUAAGGAUGAAAGCUCACUGUCGAGUUGGUGUGGCUACUCUUAAUACUCUGGCUGGCUACAUUGACUGGGUUGCUCUAGGUCACAUCACUAAUGAUAACUGCCGUCUUUUGGAGAUUCUGUGCCUUUUGCUGAGUGAACCUGAGCUACAGUUGGAAGCUGCAGAGUGUCUUCUCAUUGCCAUUAGUAGGAAGGGAAAGUUAGAGGAACGGCAGCCUCUUAUGGUGCUGUUUAAUGAAGCUGCCAUGAAUUGUAUCCUUUCUGCUGCACAGUCUGCAGAUGGGGCAGCUUCAUGCAUCCAAUCAUCAAAUGGCAUUGUUGAAAGAAGAUACACAUUUUUGAAAAGGCUGUGUCAAGUUCUCUGUGCCCUUUGCGGCCAACUCUGCUCACUAGUGGGUUCAGAUGUUGAAGUGCCGGUUCCUGUUAACCUGAAUAAAUUUAUGGAAGCACUUCUGUCCUUCACCACCCAUCCCAGCCAGUUUUUGAGGUCUUCCAUUCAAAUCACAUGGUGUAGCCUAUUCCGACAUGAGGUUUUAUCAAAGGAUCCUGUAGUUGGCCAAAUGGCCAUUAAAUAUUUAGAAGUGGCAAGGAUUAAUCUUGUUAAGACUGGAUUUCCCUCAAAAAAUGAUUGUCAAGGCUGCGAAUUCUCCAGGAUGGACUUUGAUAGUGAUGAAGAUUUUAACUCCUACUUUAAUUCUUUCAGGGCUCAGCAGGGGCAAGCAGUUCGCCUGGCUUGCAACAUUGCCUCUUUUGAAGCCUUUCAGAUUGCUAGAGAAUGGCUGAAGUAUCAGAUAAGCACACCUAUAGAUACUGGAAGUACUACAUCCAAGACAGGGGAAGGUCUCUGUUCUGCUCUGUCCCCCUCAGUGGUUCAGUGGGAAGCCAUGACUUUCUUCAUUGAAUGUGUUUUUGGACAGCUCUUCAAAAUGCCAGAAAAGGAGAAACAGCCUGUAGAUGGGAGCAUGGAGUUGUUGAGGGCGAUUGUAAACUAUGAGACGAAAGAUCCACUCAUUCUGUCAUGUCUUCUUACCAACAUAUCCACUCUCUUUCCCUUCGUGAAACACCAGCCUCACUUUUUGCCUCAAGUACUCUUUAAGAUAUUUCCUUCAAUCACAUUUGAAUUGGAAGAAAGCAAGGUGCCUUGGACACGAGCUGUUAAGAACGUCAGAAGACAUGCCUGUUCCUCCAUCGUAAGGAUGUGUCGAGAUUUUUCUGACCUUAUGCUGCCGUGUUUUGACCUGAUGUACGAGCAUGUGAAGAGGUUGUUCUCCGAUGAAUUGCUGCUGACGCAGAUGGAGAAAUGUGCCCUCAUAGAAGCCUUGAUACUUAUCAGCAAUCAUUUUAAUGACUACAACAAGCAGAAAGCCUUCCUGGUGGAGCUCAUGGCACCUGUUACUGCACAGUGGCUGUCAGGAGAGAUGAAAAGGGUGUUAUGGGAUCCUGCUGCUUUCUUGGCUUAUGUUGGAGCUGAUCAGGUGAACUGUGAAUCAGGCACAGAGGAUCAAACUGGUAUUAACAGGGCACAGAUUAGUUUUUGUGUGUACACCAUAAUGGCAGUGGUGAAGCGUGCUCGUUGGCCUGCUGACCCUGAAGCAGCUAAAAGGGGCAACUUCGUGGUGGGGUACACUACUGAUGGAGCCCCUCUCUACAGAAAUCCCUGUGCUGAGCCCCUGUGUCCCCUCCUACCUAACCUUCUGGCCCUUAUCAGGACCCUGAGCAGUUUGUUCUUGCCAGAGAACCUUGCUCGGCUCAGCAAGACCUUCACUAACGUCUAUGACAUAAUGGAUGUGGAGAAGAAUUUUGUUUUAGGAGUUGUUCAGCCAGUGUUAGAUGCCUACGAUACCCCAGUGUAUAGAACUGUUGUUGAACGCAUGCAGGGCUUCUUCUCCUCCCUCUACGAUAGCUGUUACCAGAUCCUUGGGAAUGCAGGUUCAUGCUUGGAACAAGAUUUUUAUGCAAUAGAGGGUUUGACGGAACAGAUUGUUGGCUCUGCCUUUACACAUCUCGACAGCAUUCCAGACCAUAGACUUCGCUCCCUACUCCGUUUAUUUGUGAAGCAGUUGGCUAUAUCCUGUCCUCACGAGUACUAUGACAGCCUUCUCUGUUUGCUGUUGGGCCCUUUGUUUCGUCAUCUACUGCAGAGACUAAGCUUUCAGUGGCCGCUUGUCAACCAACGGACCAGUAAUUUGUGCGGUCAAGUGGAGGAUGAUACUUAUGAAGAGAACCAGGUGACUCGAGAAAUGGUGGAGGAACAGAUGUUGCGGUUGCUUACACGAGAGGUCAUGGACCUUCUAAGUGUGACUUGUAUUAUAAGAAAGUUUCCAGACUCGUUUGGGAAAAAAGAGGAAGAAGAGGGACAUGAAGAGAUGAUGUUAAUGGAUUCCUCUCAUGGUAUUCAAAUGAAUGCUGCUCAGGCAUCAGAAGAGCUCUCGGAAUUGGGCAAGAAACUUCUUCAGUGUGAGGAUAUUUAUAUGACUCUCCUGACUAUUUCUUUUAACUCCCUGUCCUGGAGAGACACUAUGAACUGCCAAAGAACUGCUAGUAUGCUCUGCUGGCCUUUGCUAAAACAGGUUGUUGAUGGUAACCUGCUACCAGAAGCUGUGACCUGGCUUUUCACCAGUGUACUAAAAGGACUGCAGAUGCAUGGGCAGCAUGAAGGCUGCAAUGCUGCUCUAACUCAACUGGCGUGGCUCAUCUACGAGACUCUGAGGCCUCGGUACAUUGAGCUACGUUCCAUCAUGAAUCAGAUCCCAGACAUCCACAUAGAUGCACUUGAGCAGUUUGACCAAAAAACCAUCCAGCCCACUGUCUCAAAGGCUGCGGAGAAAAAGAGAAAGGAUCAGUUUAAGAGACUUAUUGCAGGCACUGUGGGGAAACCACUUGGACAGCAGUUCAGGAAAUAUGUUCACAUCCGAAACUUACCAUCUCUUUUUAAGAAGCCGAAGCCUAUGCAAGAUAUUUUGGAGAACACUAAUGCUGCAGGACUGAUGGGUCUAUUCACUCCUGAGUGUGACAACUGCUGAGGGAACAGUCACUUUACAAUAUCUUAUGGACAGUUGAUCUGGGUUUUGUUAGAGCAAUUCAUUAUUACACAAGAAAAGAACAUUUGUGUGUUCAUGUCACAUGAUUGGUUGUGUUUUUGUUGUUUUAUGUGUCCUUGUUAUCUAAAAAAAUUAAAAGUUGUAUGAGGACCUCUGCUUGGAAAAAAAGCAAUUUAAACAAAACAAAGUAACUUUGAAAGAGUAAUCUUUGUAAUUGUAAUUUAUUCUCAUCUCAACUUUAUUUAUGUAGCGCUUUUUACAGUUUUCAUUGUUACAAAGCAGCUGUACAUGAGACAUAUUGACUAUAAGCAAAACAAUUAAAGUUGUACCUGUAAAAACGAGAAAAAGGUGAAAACACAGAAGACAGACAUACCCACAUACAAAACACUCCACACACACAAUAUGCACACGUACUAACACACAUAGACAAACACACACUGAUGCGCAGACACAGACAAGUACGCGCACACACACGCACAGUGAGAGCACACAUUUAAGAUAAAGGAGAGAGAAGCACAGGUCAAUUAUAACAGACUAUAAAUUCCUAUAUGCAAUAUUACUUAAGUAAAACUUUAAAGUUCUAAUUCUAUUCUGUGAAUUAGAUAUCCAAAACCAGCAUCCAACACUACAUUCCAAUAUUGUAUGAUGGCCUUUUUUUAAAUAAAAGACCAGGUUAACGCUAAUUACCAUUUGACAUGACUGUGUACAGAUUAUGUAAAAUGUGUUGAUUUAUAUUCAGAAUUUUUAAUAAAUGUAUGCUUGAACAGUUCAGUUACCAUAGACUUUCCUUAGUUAGGAAAUCUGAAGUGUGUUAGACUUCGACACAAAUAAGCAUUGCAUGUGUAAAAUCUAUUAUGUCAGUCAAAAGUUGACUAUGUUUAGCCAAAGUUCUAAUAAGUAAUAAAUACAAAUAUAGAGUACUACACAGUAAUGUAGAGGAACUGUAUUCUUGUAUGUUGGUUGAAGAUGAUGUGGAUUGCCUCUUAAAUUGAGCAUUAAUAGAAAAAAGCUGUUUUGACAAAAAGUCAAAUGUACUUUCAAUUAUAAUUGUGGAGGAACACAAAAUCUUGGUAAGAAUCCAGUUACAUAAAUAAACUUAAACUGGAGUUUCCAUUAAAGUUGGCAUGAAACUGAAGUAACAAUCGUAUUCGUGACAUAUGUCCAAGUGAAACUGCUUCUGAAAUGUAGGGCUGGACUUGAUGGAGAACUGAUUGGAUCGUUGGAAGAUGGGCAUUGCUAUAAAAUGGAGGCAGAUUUGAAUGUGAGUUUGCAGUCAAUCGUGGAGGAUUAUUCCACACCGGACUCAGCAUUGGUACCAGUCCACAAAGAAAGCGUAUUUGAAGAUUGAGGGCACAUGAAUUUUAAAAAUAAUGAAAUGCACAGAUAAGUCACUUAUAAAACACUGAAAUAUUCCAUAAAACCUAUGAUUUUCAAUUUUGAUUCAUGCCUCUUUAAGUCUACUGCAGGUUCUUUUAGCCUAUCCAUGUCUCAAAAUAUAGAGGAGUGCAGCGCAGCAGAGCGAUAGGUUCUAUUUACCUCCAUUCUUUUUAGAUUUGAAUAAUUUAAGAACAAACCUGUUUUUUAAGUCAGCCCCUGAUGUUAGCAGUCACACCUUUGGUUUUCUAAUAGCAUUUCAAGAAUAUUCACUUGUUCUAGAACAGUGGUCCUCAAACUGGGGGCCCCAAGAUGGAUCCAGGGGAGGCACAGAUUUUGUCAAACAUCAGAAAAAAAGAUCUCCAACCAAAAUAAUUGAUGUUCCAGCAUUGUAUAACUGAACAUGUUUUUGGUUUCAUUACAAUUCUAAGUUUAGGAUUACAAGUCUUUAUUUGGGAGGCUGCAAAGCGAUGCACUCUACACAAAGGGGCUCUUACAACAAAAAAGUUAGAGAACCACUGUUCUAGAAAAUAAGUUGUGAAGUAUCGCCCGCAUACUUGACUGAAAAAAGGGUAAACUCAAUGUCAUGGUCGGUAGUUGUCUUCCACAAAUAGUUCAAAUAAUACAUUUGACUUAUUUAAUAAAUAUUUGUAUUAUGAAUAAAACUUUUAAAUUAGCCUAUUGCAAUGGUGUAGGCAGUAUAACAUUUUUGGCCUGGCGUGGUUAAAGGUGCGGCGCUUUCACUUAAAAUACAAUUAUAAAUCCAUGCUUUCGCAUUUCUUUAGUGCGGAUGUUUGCUAUGUGCAAGGCUGCGCACUCCUCUCCAGCACGCUGUCACAAGAGCAAGCCAGGCAGGAAAGCGGAUCCACAUGGAGUUGGGUUUAUUUUAAUCCAAAAAGGGACCAAGUAAAAGCCAUGGAAACAAACAAGAAUAAGGCAGACUUAAAGUACACUACAAAAUAAGAGCACACACAAAACCCACACUGUAAACCCAGACAAGUUCUACUAACUCAAAGAAUUUAAGGCAGCUGAUUGACUCCACUUUUGUACAUUUGAAGUGCUUGUAUUAAAGUAAGUGGAACUUUCAUUUCGUUUUGCCUUACUGACUUACCACUUAGUUUAGUGGUUUAUUUAUUUUCUUUUUUUAACUUAACUUAUAUUUUAGAGUAAACCUACAUUUUGUAAUUUUCGAUUGAUUUGACACAUCUAAAUCAACAGCCCAUGAUGUUAGUGACUGAAACAGAGGUAGUUCAGUUGUAAGACAAGAAUAUGUUGUAAGCCUGAAGAGAUAAAUGUUCAUUCUUCUGUCAAUAAAUAUCUGCUUUAGAUGCUGUGUAUUGAAGUCAUGGUUAUUUAUAUGAUUUAUUUCAGUAUCUUGAUAUGUCUGAUUCUGAGGUGCAGUGUCGUUUUAUUAAAAACCUGUGUUGAGAAACAUGUUUAAAUAACUUAAAUAAUUACUUCAUUAAUGAAAAAAGAUUUUUUUGAUUUGCAACUAAAUCAAAUGUAUUGUGAAGGAUAUUUUACUUUUAUCCAUUGUCUAUCAAAUAUUAAAAUAACACAAAUGUACCCAAUAGAUGUGCAUGGGGAUGGAUUGAUCUGGAAAGAAGAAGUUAGGGUAAUAUUCUGUGUAGCAGCCCGGUUGAAAUAAUAAAGGGUGUAGC